AACAUGUGAGUAUAAAGGUUGUUUCUUGUUCCUUGUAUUGUUUUUGAGUUUUUGUUCAAAAUGUAGGAAUUAAGUAAGAAAAUUAUGGCGGAGGACAAAGCAUUCGUGUCUUUUAUAUGCCAGAGGUGCUCCCAAAGUCUGAAACUCGACGAUUCGCUAAAUUCAUUUAGCGAACACAUCUCGGCAGAGUUAAAUUUGCCCAUACAUUCCAACAUUGAUGUAGACCUAGAGUCCCAAGCAAUUAGCUUUGACCAUUAUGUCCCACCAUGUAGGCUCUCUGAUUCUAGGAAUCCUACCAGUGGCUUUAUGCUUAUUUCUGAUGAAAAUGAGGUUGAUCUAUUAAGCCAUCAAUUUAAAGCAAAAGCUGCUUUAUUUGAUCAUCUAUCGGGGACAUCAACUAUUGACCAUCCAUUAUGUGAAGAAUGUACUGAUUGUUUAAUAGAAAUCUUAGAGCAAGAGCUGGAUAGUACACAGAGGGAUUUUGAUGACUACUGUCAAUACUACAAAGUGCUUCAGCAAGAGAAAACCGAGCCAAAAUUAGCAGAUUUCGAAAAGGAGUUAAGUUCUCUUACUGAAGAGGAAAGCAGACUGCUAGAAGAACUAGCUGCAUUGAAGAAGGAAGAAGAAGAUACUGUUAAGGAAAUAGAAGAACAGGAAAAGAUCUCAAAGAAGAUAACCCAAGAGGAAAACAAAUAUUGGAAGGAGUAUGUUCGACAUAAGAGGGAAUGGCUGGUUGCCGAAGAUGAAGCAAGAAGUUUAAAAUGCCAGUUAGCAACUGCACAGGCCCAUCUGGACAAACUGAAACGAACCAACGUGUUUAACGCGACUUUCCAUAUAUGGCACAAAGGACACUUUGGUACCAUUAAUAAUUUCUGUCUGGGCACCCUCCCAUCGGCUCCCGUUAGUUGGCAAGAAAUCAACACUGCCUGGGGUCAGACUUGUUUGUUAUUGUGUGCCUUGGCAAGGAAAAUUAAUUUGACAUUUGAAAGGUACCGAUGUGUGCCGUAUGGAAGUCACAGUUAUUUGGAAGUCUUUGCAGAGAAUAAUAGAAAAGUCCCACUCUACGGCUCAGGAGGGCCAAAGUAUUUAUGGGAUAUGAAGUUUGAUGUGGCAAUGAUGGGAUUCCUAGACUGUCUUCAACAGUUAACUGAAAAAGUUGAAGAAUUAGAGAAAAACAAUCGAGUUUUCCGCUUUCCGUAUCGUAUAAGCAACGGCAAAAUUGAGGAUUCUGAUAACGUGAAAUAUAUUUUAAGAGUGACAAUCAUGAGCGAGGAGCAAUGGACAAAAGCCUUAAAGUUCAUGCUAACUAAUCUAAAAUGGGGAUUGGCAUGGGUCGCUUCGCAAUUUGAUAGUAACGGCGAAGAGGUUCCUCCCUUACAAAAUUAGGAAUAUAAAUGUUUCAGUAAAUAAUUAAUUAUUUAACUAUUAUUAAUCGUAGCAUAUUAUUUUGUUAUAUAUAGUUAAUUUGUUGUAUAUUGUAAAUAGUUAUUAUUAAUAUUGCAUGUGCCUAAACUGAUAUGAAUAAAUUUAAAAUUUAA